AUGGAGCCUGCGUCUCCCACCAACCGUCAAGAAGACCAUGCGGCCGGCCGCCGCGCCCGCGAAGUAUACCGGUACUUUCGGCCAGAACGCCCAGCGCCUAUCUACAAGAAUGCAUCAUUAUCCAGCAGUGGGACCAGUCAACUCGACCUCUCUGCACAGCCCGAUCGAUUGCCCGAGGUACAAAUACAGAAUUAUGAUGCUCCCGCGCCGUCGCAGACAAGCGCCCCACAAGAAUCGCGCGAGCCGACCUGGGCUCCCUUGGGAGCUCUGCCCGAGUCGAUGGUGUUGGGCAACUCCAGCUCAACAUUAAAUUCAUUCGCACAACUCGCCGCGUUGCGACUCAAUGUCGAUCGCGUCUUCAUUAGCGUGUCUGAUCGCGACUCUCAAUUUAUCAUCGCACAGGCAGCCCAAGCGACAAGGGACAACAACAAGUAUGACGGCCUCAGUGAUGGUGUUUAUACGGGCUGUUCAACACUUGAUGUGAGCUCAUGGACCAUGUGCAAGGACACUGUUGCGCUCCAGCCAUCCAACCGAGAAACGGGAGAGUAUAACUUCAUCGUUUCCCAUGACCUCAGCGAGGAUGAUCGAUACAAGGACCUGCCAAUGGUCAAAGACGACCCGAAAUUCCGCUUUUACGCCGGCACCCCACUGACCACCGAUAAAAAUAUCAAUCUCGGAUGUUUCUUUGUUCUUGACACCAAAACGCAUCAUGACUUUACCGACCUGGAAAAAGAAACGAUGGGCCAUAUGGGUAUGCUCAUCAUGGACUUUUUAAAGGUCAGUCGCCAGGCAUCCGAAGGUCGUCGCGCAGCCCGACUGUCGCAUGGUCUCAAUUGCUUUGUCGAGGGAGGCUGGAGUUUUGCCGAUGAAUCGCAAAAUCCCGUUCUGGGUGCCAUCAAACAGAAGGCCCGCGCUGAGUCGUCAGAAAAUCCUGCAUCUGCGUCUUCAACUCACCGGGAUCAACUAAGCGUACAGGGAUCGCGCUCCCGUAGCAGUGGCGCCAGCUCGUAUCGUUCGGCCUCAACAAAUCAUAACGAUGCAGAACCACCCCAAGAUGAUAAGGCUUAUCCUGAAAAUACUGGAGAGGACAAAGUACAAAGCACGACAUGGACAUUCCAAAGAGCUGCCAACCUGAUCCGCGAAAGCUUGGAGUUGGAAGGUAGUGACGGUGUGGUUUUUGUGGAGGCUGGGAACGCCCCCCUGCGCGAAAGCAGCUCGGACAGUGAUGCCUCGAGCGCGGCAGAUACCAGCAAAUCGGCCUCGGUUCUGGCGAUCUCGACCCAGGACAACCCCAACGACAAGACCAGCAAGUCCCCUGUCUCUCGCUCCAUCCAAUACCUACACGAAGAUUUUUUGCGCCGCCUGCUCAACCGAUAUAACCGGGGGAACAUUUGGUGUUUUCAUCGAGAUGGCAUGUUGUCGAGCUCCGAUGGCGAAGAUUCGGGAUCAUCAUCUCGGAAGAGUCGCGGGAGAGAAAGACCGUCGACAUUACGAAAUAAGGCCCAAAAGAAAAGGAAGGCUACAGAGAACACAGUGCUCAACAGGUGUUUCCCCGGUGCCACCCAGAUUCUCUUUGUUCCUUUGUGGAAUUCUGCAAACUCUCAGUGGUUCGGUGGGUUCUUUUGUUGGAAUACGGUUGAGAGCAAUGUCUUCAACCCUUCCGUGGAACUUAGUUCCUUGCUAGGCUUUGGGUCGUCCAUUAUGUCCGAAUGCAACCGAGUCGAAUCACUGAUCGCUGAUCGACAGAAAGCGGAUUUUUUGGGAAGUAUCUCCCAUGAGCUGCGUAGUCCCCUCCACGGGAUUCUAGCAGCCGCGGAGAUGAUGCAAGAUACGGAGCUCGUGUCAUACCAAAGCUCCCUCAUGGAUACCAUUGAUGCCUGUGGACGAACGUUACUUGAUACGAUGAAUCAGGUGCUCGACUACAGCAAAAUUGUGUCACUUGAGAGACAGCUCCGGCAUCUGAAAAAGCAAAAGACAUUUUCUCCAAAUCGGAAACACUUACGUUCUCUUGCCACCCACUUGGACCGCUAUACUCCGACUGAUAUCUCUGUACUAGCCGAAGAGGUGGUGGAGGGUAUGUGUCUCGGUCAUGCUCACAGCCAUAAAACCGCAUCCCCUUCAUUACCGACAGACGGCACGAGAAUCACGGAUACGACGAAUGAUUCGAGCACGCCUUCACCGCAAGUGGACGUGGACAUCGACAUCGCACCCAAUGACUGGGUCUACUAUACCCCUCCGGGAGCACUACGUCGCAUCAUUAUGAAUGUCUUCAGCAAUGCAAUGAAAUAUACCACCAAGGGGCGGGUCUCCUUGCGCUUGGAAGUAAAGGAUUCUUCUGAGCCACGUCAAGCCCAGAAGCGAGAUCAGGUGACCCUCACCGUUUCCGAUACGGGCAAGGGUAUUUCGGAAGGUUUCCUGCGCGGGAGGCUUUUUGUACCAUUUGCACAGGAGGACACUCUAGCUAGCGGGUCUGGACUUGGGCUCUCGAUUGUUCGCAGCCUCUUGAAGUCGCUAGAAGGCAGCAUCAAUGUUCAAAGCAAACCAGGCGAAGGAACGACUGUCAAAGUUACUCUUCCUCUUUCUCGGCCGGAAGCUGACGAUUCAGACGGCGUUUGUCGUCCCGUGCUCCCAUCAUCCCUGAGAGGGAGAGAGGUUGUUCCGAAUGAGUCCAACCAUCUUCUAGCAGCUUAUCCCGGACGAAAGGCUGCCAUUCUCGGUCUGGAGCCUGAAGAUGCUUUUAAAGAUCAAUCUUGGGCAUGUAUAUCUCGCUAUUUGACCGAGUGGUACGGGUUCAAUCUGGUAUCCGCAUCGUUCGAGGCUCCCAUCGACAUCCUUCUGGCUGAAGAAAUGCCUUCGGAAGAAGAUUUAAGCAAGUUCUCUACCAUCUCAGCCCUUCUGCUUCUGAGCAACAAGGGAAUGAGCUAUGAUACGAAGUCAGUUUACUGGCCUUCAAUCAUCAAUGUUGUCAACGUCGUGAACCGCCCAUGUGGGCCACACAAGCUUGCACGAUUUAUUCGAAAAGGUCUCCAACAGUCACGGGAACUCAUAAUUGGUUCCGUGCCCACCUCUCUAGCUAAGAGGCCCAAAAAUACACUUAUCAAAGAGGUCAACCCUAUUCCCGACCAAUCUCAGCCACCACCUGACAAAAAUUCAUCAACUACUCAUAUCAACCCUACUCCGAAGAUGGAAAAGUCAGAUGAUCCGAAGAACAAACGUGAACCCCGCAUUUUGGUCGUUGAGGAUAACAAGAUCAACCUCAAUCUCAUGCUCACAUUCCUGAAGAAACGAAAGGUACCAGCAUUCAACUCGGCAGAGAACGGCCAAUUGGCAGUUGCUGCCGUCAAGGAAGAGCAACAAGGCUACGACAUAAUUUUUAUGGAUAUUUCUAUGCCAGUCAUGGACGGCUUCGAAGCCACGCGCAAUAUCCGCGCUAUUGAAAGGGAACGCAAUGGCAAAACGAAACCAGCUAUCAUCAUCGCCUUGACGGGGCUGAGCAGCUCUCACAAUGAAUUGGAUGCACUUGAAUCCGGAAUGGAUUUUUUCUUGACGAAACCUGUUGCUUUUAAGCACGUUACGAAAAUUCUUAAUGAGUGGUCUGAGACGGGCCUGCAGGGGCAGAGCCAGAAGGUCUGGGCUCAAAUUACUUCAUAA